CCGGGCUUUGCUAGCCCGGUGCUGCGGUUACAGAGGAGCAAAGCCGAGAGCAGCAGUUCCAAGAAUCUGUGGGCAGAAAAGUGAAGUAUACCCGCAACAGGUGGCGGCUGCUGCAGAGUGCGCUUGCCAGACCGGAUGGCGGUUGCGCACAGAAAGCUCAUGCAGAAAAGGCAAGUAGGGUCUCUUCUCUUUUUUGUGUGCAUAUCUGUGGGAAGUGCAGCAACCAUCCGCUACUCCGUGGCAGAAGAGAUGGAGAGCGGUUCGUUUGUGGCUAAUGUGGCUAAGGACCUGGGGCUGGAGGUAGGGAAGCUGGCUGCGCGCGGGGCGCGGCUGGUUUCCGAGGGCAACAAAGUGCACUUCCGGCUCCACCGCAAGACAGGGGAUCUGUUCGUGAAGGAGAAACUGGAUAGGGAGUCACUCUGUGGCAAAGCUGACCCGUGUGUUCUGCAUUUUGAAAUAGUCUUGGUGGAGCCACUGCAGUCCUUUCGUGUCGAGGUCAGGGUAUUUGAUAUCAAUGACAAUGCCCCGAUUUUCCUAAACAAGGAGCCGCUUUUAAAGAUUCCGGAGAGUACCCCCUUGGGUUCACGUUUUCCUCUGCAGAGUGCCCAGGAUCUGGACGUGGGCCUCAAUGGUCUCCAAAACUACACCUUAAGCCCCAACAAGUAUUUCCACCUGCAUACCCGCUUUCGCAGCCAUGGGCCCAAAUACGCUGAGCUGGUGCUGGAUAAGCCCCUGGACAGAGAGGAGCAGCCUGAAGUCAACUUGACAAUUACAGCGGUGGAUGGCGGGUCCCCUCCCAAAUCUGGCAUCGCUCACAUCCGUGUGGUCGUUCUGGACAUCAAUGACCACGUGCCUCAGUUCUCCAGAUUGGUGUACCGCGCUCAGGUACUAGAAAAUAGUGCCAAUGGUUCUUUGGUGGUCACUGUGAGUGCCACAGACCUGGAUGAGGGCUCCAACAAGGAUAUAACUUAUUCCUUAGCUCAAAACCCAGAAGCAAUUCUCCAGACGUUUCAGAUUGAUUCGCAGACUGGGGAUGUUCGACUAAGAGGGCCCCUAGAUUUUGAAGCAAUUGAAACAUAUGAUAUUGACAUUCAAGCCACCGAUGGAGGGGGCCUCUCUGCCCACAGCAAAGUCCUGGUGGAAGUGGUGGAUGUUAAUGACAAUCCUCCUGAAGUGACAAUCUCCUCUGUGUCCAGCCCUCUCCCUGAGGACUCCCCAUUAGAGACUGUAGUGGCCCUUUUCUCUAUCCGAGACCGGGACAUUCGAGUGGGAGGAAAAAUCAUCUGCUUCCUCAGAGAAGACCUUCCCUUUGCAGUCAAACCUACUUUCCGGAAUUCUUACUCUCUGGUUACUGACAGAGUCUUGGAUCGGGAAGAGGUCUCAGGCUACAAUAUCACCGUUGUUGCCAUGGAUACUGGGCCACCCAGUCUGUUCACAGAAACUGUGAUUGAGGUGCUAAUAUCUGACAUUAAUGACAAUCCCCCAAUAUUUCAGGAAGACUCAUACAUUUUGACUGUUCGAGAAAACAACAGCCCUGCAAUUUUUAUUGGCAAAGUUCAUGCUGAGGAUCUAGAUUUGGGUGAGAAUGCCCAAGUAACAUAUACUCUGCUUCCUCCAGAAAGUGGAGAUUUAUCAGUCUUUGCUUACAUCUCCAUAAAUUCAGACAAUGGGAAGCUCUAUGCACUGAGAACCAUGGAUUAUGAGGCCAUUCAAAAAUUUCAGUUUGUGGUAAAGGCAACUGAUGGGGGCUUCCUGUCACUGAGUAGCCAGGUUACUGUCAGAGUGGUUGUUCUGGAUGACAAUGACAACCGCCCAAUGAUCUUGUACCCACUGCAGAAUGGCACCUUGCCCUGCAAUGACCUAGUGCCCAGGUCUGCAGAGGCAGGCUACCUGGUGACCAAGGUAGUGGCUGUGGACGGUGACUCAGGUCAGAAUUCUUGGCUUUCAUAUCAUCUCCUUAAGGCUACUGACACUGGGUUAUUCUCUGUUCAACAACAAAAUGGGGAAAUCCGUACACUGCGGCAGAUAGCUGAAAGAGACCCCGUGGUUCAGAAACUUACAAUUCUUGUUCAGGAUCAUGGCCAACCAGCUCUUUCCACUACUGCCUCACUCAACAUUUUGCUGGUAGAUGGGUUUUCUGAGCCCUAUCUACAGUUUCGGGAUCCAUCCAAGCAUCCUACAAGGGUAAAUCCAUCCACUAAAUAUUUGGUCAUUUCUCUGGCUGUGCUUUCCUUUCUCUUUCUCCUCUCUGUCACAGUGAUCUUUGUUAUACACAUCUACCAGAAGGUUAAAUAUAGAGAAAAGUUCACAGUUCAAGAGCAUUUCUAUGAUGACUGUAAUUUCCCUAACAACUUGGUACAAGAAGGAGCCAAUGGAUCUUUAUCUCAGCCAUGUCCCUAUGAAAUGUGCUCGGCCACUGGCACUGGCAAUAGUGAGUUUCGGUUCCUUAAGCGCUUUAUGCCCAACUUCCCCUUCCCACAUGGCACUGGAGAGGCAAAAACAGAGGCUGGCUCCAGUUUACCCCCAGAUUCUGGUAGGAAUAGGUCUCGGGGGUCAGAGGGUGAUGGCCAAGUACCUGAUGACUAUAUGUAGUUCUUGCUCAGAAGCUAUAAGUAAUCAUUAUUCAUGUGUCCUCUGGAAGUUCAUUAGUUCUGGACCUGGAAAUGCUUAGUUCCACAGAGAUAGCCUGUUAUUUUGCCUUUAAAUUGUUUUCUAGUAGACAGUUAUGUAUGCAUGGGGAAGAAAACUAGCUUCUAGUUUUGAUACAUCAGGAAGCAGUUAGGUUUGAGAAACAGAUAUAUAGCUUAUCAUUACUCAGAAAUUUCUAGAUUUUUAUUCCUUAGUAAGUGGAGAUCAUCUUUGAAUCAUAAGGACACAAAUGCCUGGUGAAUGGUCCUCAUAGAUAAUAAGGUAAAAGGAAAGGUAAAGAAAAAAAAAAGAAUUGACUUAUUUGAGAAUGUGAGUAAGGGUAGAAAGACUAAAGAGAUUCAGUUCAGGAAUGUUCUCCAAAAUUAAGUUAGAUGGGAUUUCUUAAUGGUCGUUUAGGCCUUAGGCAAGCCGAAACCUCUCUUUGUAUACAGGUGUCUAUCCCUUACUUAUCAGAGAACAGUUAUUUGAAUGUGGAGAAUAAAAGGUAGAUGAGGGGAAAAAAAUCAGUAAGGCUUAUUGUCAUUAACAAAUGCUAUCAAAAUAAAAGAUAUUAAAGGAAAAAGUGAUAAUACCAAUUAAGUGGCCUUAAGAAAAGAUACAUUUUCAGAUAUUACCAGAUUGGAUUUUAGGCCAUUUUCGCUUCUGAGGAUUCUGAAGUGAUGUCAUGGAAACAGAAAAAAGGUACUUCCUAGCAAAUCAUUCAUAAAAUGAAAUGGAAUCAUGAAAGAAGUUAGGCUUUUUUUUGGAUUAUCAUGGUUUUGCCUUCAUAAGCUAUUUUAAUUUCUCUCAUUCUAAAAUAAAAAAAAACAAUAUUAAAAUGUUAACAUAUUUCAGUGAUGCUAACCAUACUAACUUGCCUUAAAAGUUUUUUUUAAAGUUUGCUUUAAUGACACUUUAAUCAUGUGCCUUAUUUUAUUUAAAUGUGUGUAAACUCAGACCCAUGAGGAUAUGUCCUGUACAGGAGAGCACAAUAUUUGUAACUGGAUUUCUUAGGGUACAGAAGUAUCUCUUAAAAUACUUCUUAAAUCAUAUUCAUUGAUAUAAGCUUAAUUCAUAGAAUUAUGACUGACUCCGAAUGGUACUAUCUGGCUGUCUACCUGGUGACCAAGAUAUACUAAAAUUUAGUAAUAAGUUAUUUUUAAAAUGUUAGAAAUGCUUAGGGCAGAACUGGUAUAACCUAUGUCUGCCUUCAGUAUUUUCCUUAAUAUUUUGAGAAUGGAUAAAUCAAAUGUGGAAUACCAAUGAAUUGUCUUUUUUAUUAAUAUUAACUGUUUUCCAUAAAUCAUGUUAUAAUCUGCUCAUUUGGAGUAAAGGUCUUUCUUGAACAAAACAUGGAAUAGUGUUUCAGUAUAUUUAGGUUAGGAUUGUUAAGGUAUGCUGAAAUCAGAGGCUUUAAGUGAGAAAGAAGAUAGAAUUCUUUUUUGGGUAAAUAGUAAUUAGUUAAAACAUUAUUAACUAAAAGCUUCUGGGUUAACUGCAUUUGAUUAAAUAAUUGUCAUGGAUUAACUGUAUUUGAUUACAUUUCAUGAUGUGACCAUAAUCAAUGGCAAGACUCUGGUUUGAUGGUAAGAAUAAGGAAAGAAAAUUGUAUAGAAUGGUGAUUUUAAGACUUUGAAUUUCAUUUUUUUUAAGUUUAUUUAUUUUGAGAGAGCGGGCAGAGAGAAAGGGAGAGAGAGAGAAUCUCAAGUAGGCUCCCCACCAUUAGCACAAUGCCUAACGUGGGGCUCGAACUCAUGAACUGUGAGAUCAUGACCUGAGUUGAAAUCCAGAGUCCACGCUUAACUGACUGAGCCACCCAGGUGCCCCUAAGACUUUGAAUUUCAAAUAGUAAAGUUCACAUACACGAAUACACAAAAUGGAUGGAAAAUGUAGAUUUGUCAACUUUUUCUUUUUCCAUGUAUGGAAAAAUAAUUAAAACGAAACAAGCACUAUUAAUUUGUAACAUUAUUUCACAAAGGAAAUGGCAUUUUAAUGUAAAAAUGAUAAUACAGUGAUCCAAUAAAGGAAACUGUCCUCUAAACUAAAAACGUCAUUUUAUGAAAAAUGUAUUAUGCCAUUAUUGGGCUCAUUUUUGCCUUAGACCAGUAAAACUUUUGCCAUUGACUUCAGAUUGACAACCACUGUGUUAAUUGAUGAUCUGUCAUUUUUAUUCAGACUUCAAGUUUCUAAGAAAAUUCCAAUUGUACUUGAUGAUUAAAAACUAAAAACAUCUCUGUAUCAAUUUGCUGAAUGUGAUGUGAGCCAUUUGAAUUUGGAGAGCACUCUAUAUACCAGCUGAGAUUAAGUCAGAUUUCCAUCCGCAAAUUAAAAUAAAGAAUGGAAAUAAUUAGGACAGUUACCUUCCCUCAAAUGUCAAGUGACGUUAUAACUAUGUAUUUAGUCAAAGACCUAAUUCAAGUGCUUUAAAGUGCUCUUGUAUAAAAAGGCCAUGAUAAAUAUUCAAUUAAAAAUAUCUAAUUUGGGCAAAUUUCUUCAAUAACCUAUUUAACUUUGAAAUAUAUAUAGACUUACAUUUAUACUGGAAGUUUUAAGUUAUAAGGAAUUUAAGCCCUUUAGAAACUUUUUGUUAUGAGAUAAUUUUAGACUUACAAAACCACAUGAGUAGUAUAAAGUUCCCUUCACCUAGCUUCCCUUAAUGUUAACAUCUUACAUAACCGUUGCCAGUUAUCAAAAUUAAGAAAUUAACCUUGGUACAAUUCUAUUAACUAAACUACAGACUUUACUUAGGUUUCGCCACUUUUUUCCUUAGUGUCCUUUUUCUUUUCAAGGAUCCAGUGCAAAAUCCUACAACACAUUUAAUUAUGUCUCCUUAGUUUCUACCAUCCAUGAUAGUUUCUUAACCUUUCCUUGUCUUUCAUGACCUCAAGACUUUUGAAGAGUACUAGUCAGUUAUUUGUAAAAAUGUUCCUCAACUUUUUUCAGUUUUAUUGAGAUAUAAUUGACAUAUAGUACUGUAUAUGUUCAAGGCAUACAGGAUAAUGACUUGAUUUACAUGUAUUGUGAAAUGAUUACCAUAAUAAGUUUAGUUAACAAACAUGUCCCUCAAUUUGAGAUUGUCUUUGUCUUCUGUAGAUUAUUUUCCUUUUAAUUUUUUUAAUGUUUAUUAUUUAUUUUUGAGAGAGAGACAGAGUGUGAGUGGGGGAGGGGCAGACACAGAAGGAGACACAGAAUCCGAAGCAGGCUCCAGACUCUGAGCUGUCAGCGCAGAGCCCGAUGCAGGGCUUGAACCCAUGAACCAUGAGAUCAUGAGAUCAUGACCUGAGCCAAAGUCGGACACUCAACCAACUAAGCCACCCAGGCACCCCAUAGAUUAUUGAUGCUAUGCAUUAUUGGGAAGAAUGCUGCAGAAAUGAUAUUGUAUCCUUCUCAGUACAUCAUUAUCAGGGGGUACAUGAUGUCAAUGUGUCCUAUUGACUGGUGACAUUAAUCUUUUAAAACAAUUGUGGUUAAAAAUAACACAAAAUUUACCAUGUUAAAGAUUUUUAAGUGUACAGUUCAGUAGUGUUAAGGUGAUGUUAAUCUCCAACACUUGCUUAAUAUAAUAUCUGUCAAGUUUCUCCACUGUAAAGUUACUAUUUCUCUCUUUGUAAUUAAUAAAUACUUGGAGAGAGAUGCUUUGAAACUAUACAAAUAUCAUGUUUCUGCUUAAACUUUUGCCCAUUAAUUUUUGUAUCCAUUGCUGGAUAUUUCCUAUGGCAAUUAACACUGGCAUUUGGAUGGUAAUUUUCUAUUUCCCUGAUUCCUUUUACACUAAUUAAUUGAAAUUCUCCUAUAAGGAAAUCUUGUCAUUUCUACUCUAUUUACUUAUUAUGUAGUCAUUUCUUUAUGUAUAGUCUCAUGGAUAUUUACCUUUUUAUUUGGGUUAUAAUUCAAUGUUAUUAUUAUUUAUUUUGUUGUUCAGGAAGUCUUUUUAUCUGGGAUGAAAAGCAGAUUUAUAAGACUGGAAUUAUCCACAUAGAACACAUUUGGCCAAAAUAAGUAUUUCUUUGUAACUCUAUAUUCUGUAUGAUCUUAAACAAGUAUAAGUUUCUUAAAUCUUGUUAAAGUUUCUUCAUAAUGAUGUUUUAACUUCAAAUAAAAAUUAUAUUAAUUUGAUUUAAAAUUUCCUUUACAGUUAUAAAACUUCUAAAUAAACAGUAAACUAUGAAAACUUUAAAUUUUAUUAUGUGGGCAUGUUUAUAUAUUUAUAAGCUAUGUUUAAUAGAGUUGUCAGUUAAGACAUAGAUUUAUAUGCUGAAAUUAGACAUACAGAUAUACAAGAAAUGGAAUUGGUCUGUCUGGUUCUAUUUAAUUCUCCUAAAAAUAAGUAAAUAUAUUGCUUUCUCUGCAAUGUCUCUGUAUUUUGCUGUUGUUGGUUUCUUUUUUUAAUGUUUUUUAAAUUUAUUUUUGAGAGAGAGAGCAUGAGAAGGGGAGGGGCAGAGAGAGAGAGAGGGAGACAGAGGAUCUGAAGUGGGCUCUGCUCUGACAGCAGUGAGCCCUAUGUGGAGCUCGAACUCAGAAACUGCGAGAUCAUGACCUGAGCUGAAGUCAGACACUCAACCAGUGAGGCACCCAAGUGCCCAUGUUGGUUUCUAUUUAAAGAUGAAUUUGUCUCCUUUGUGGAAGCAGAACUCAUCCAUGUAAGUCUCCUAUAUAAAGGCCUAUUGUCUGUACAGUUGAAUAUCAUUAAAG